GAGAUCCAUGUGCAUGUGGACACCUUUAAGGCCACUUCCAACUCCAGCUCCAACACAAGCAGGAGGCUAGUUACUAAGACUCUGGCCUGAUCUUCUAGACUUGUGAAGUAACUCUCUUAUUCACACACCACUCCUCCACCUGCCACCUCUGGAAAAGAAGAGAAGUACUUCUAACUGUGUGCAUCUAAAAGAAAGCUCCUGCAUGCAUAGCUGACACGCCACCUACUGCAAAACCCAGCUGCCAGCGCAGGCGGUGCUCCCAGCAUUUCAUUGCAUCGCCAGGCUGGGACGGAAUAAAGGCGUGCUUGUGUGGUAGUGUUUCUUUUUUAAAAGAAAAAAAAAAAAUCUCCAAGCCAAGAAGAACAAGCUGAAAUAGCAUCUUGAAAAUGGAGCGUAAAAUCAUCAGAAGAGAAAAGGAAAGGGAGUAUGAAGGGAGGCACAACAACCUGGAAGACGCUGAGCAAGGCAAGACCUGCAAGUCCACACUGAUGACCCUCAACGUUGGUGGAUAUUUAUACAUCACUCAAAAGCAGACACUGACCAAGUACCCAGACACUUUCCUUGAAGGUAUCGUAAAUGGGAAAAUCCUCUGUCCAUUUGAUGCUGAUGGCCAUUACUUCAUAGACAGGGACGGGCUUCUCUUCAGGCAUGUCCUAAACUUCCUACGAAAUGGAGAACUUCUACUGCCCGAAGGAUUUCGAGAAAAUCAACUUCUUGCUCAAGAAGCAGAAUUCUUCCAGCUUAAGGGGCUGGCGGAGGAGGUGAAAUCCAGGUGGGAAAAAGAACAACUGACACCCCGAGAGACUACUUUCUUGGAAAUAACAGAUAAUCACGAUCGUUCACAAGGACUGAGAAUCUUCUGUAAUGCUCCUGAUUUCAUAUCAAAAAUAAAAUCUCGCAUUGUUCUGGUAUCCAAAAGCAGGCUGGAUGGGUUUCCAGAGGAGUUCUCUGUGUCAUCAAAUAUCAUUCAAUUUAAAUACUUCAUCAAGUCUGAGAACGGCACUCGACUUGUACUAAAGGAAGACAACACCUUUGUCUGCACCUUGGAAACUCUUAAGUUUGAGGCCAUAAUGAUGGCUUUAAAGUGUGGGUUUAGACUGCUGACCAGCCUGGACUGCUCCAAAGGGUCAAUUGUUCACAGCGAUGCACUUCAUUUUAUCAAGUAAUUACCUGUCUCAUGAACAAAGGCAACAAGCAUGCAGCCAGCAAGCUUCAGAAGCCACAGAAUCAAAGGCAUCCCAAACAACGUGCCCAGCUAGCUAGUCCAGAGCCCGGCUGCUAAUCAAGUACUGUGAGCUAACGGUAUGUAAAUCUGUCAUUAAAGAUGUCCUUCUCUGGGGUGCUCUGCCACCACAUUUCCACCGACAGUGAAGCUGUGGUCUUCUAAACUGUAAAUAAAGACAGUGCUUUUGCUAUUAUUUUUUUUUCCCUUAAGCUGUCUUUCAAUGAGAAUGUCUUGGGUACUUCAUCUAUCAUUCACUAAUAGCAAAUGUUAACAAUAUACGAUUCAAAAUCUUUUCUACUUAAGAGCAAAAAUCCAUGAAGAAGAUGAACUGGUUUAUAAAAUAAAUAUGGAGAACAAAAUAAAUGUACAGAGCUACCUAAAGCAGGGAUGACAGUGAAUCAAAAAGGGCGGGACUGUAAAACACAUCUGAGCUACUGAUUUGACUUUUAAAAUAGCAGGCACCUUAUUAUAAUUCCUGUAUUCAUACUAGAAUUAUGGCUAAAUCGGUAUUUUGCUGAAAAUUUCUAGGAAACUGCUUGAUAACAAUAAAAAAUAAAUAAAAGCACUGCUAGCUUC